UCGGAAGUAAACAAACAUAAGAUCCUCAACAUAGAGGUUCUCAACAACCCCAGUUUCACUGUGAAUUCGUUCCGCUUCGUUUAGUCUUCAGAGGUUACAGCAAUUUGUAAAUGGGAACACCAAGAGAUAAAACUAAACUUGAAACUGCACCUGCCUGUCUCCUAGUGCAGAAAGCAGCGACAGAUUUAUAAGUGUUUAACACAGUCAACACAUUAAAUAGUCACAGCCCAGCAAAACAUGGAGGAAAGUGAGAGAACGAAAGUAACAUUCCUUUUAGCUAUAGCUCUCCUGAGCUCUGGCGCCCUGCUGUUUCUACGUCACCAAGGGUCUGUCCUGGAAAUUGCUGAAGUAGACGCCUGGCUAGAGAGCAACAGGCUAAGCUACAUCAAGGAUGUGGUGCACCAGGCGGGUGGCACCUCAAUCCACGGAGCUUUACAGGUGGUGAGGACCAUUCAAAAGACAAGACGUCUUCAUCGUUCCUUGACCAAGGAGCAGCACACUUUGCUGGACAAGGCUGUUCGUCGACUCAACGACCAACUGGAGCUAGAGCUGUGGCUGCAACAGCAUGACUUGACCUACUGUUUCCAGGUACUCAUGACAAACAAUGUGAUCAGUUUGAAAGAUUUGGCCAAACAUCAAGACAAAGAGGUCAGAGAUCUGUUGACCGUGGCAGGCUUCCAUGCUGAUUUCUCUCAUGUCCUGUCGGACAGUUUAUUUGAACUGCGAGAAGAUUUUAAACAGAACCACAAACCUGUGGAGACAAAAGCCCUCUCUCAGUUUGUCAAGGCCAAAGGAGAAUCCAAGAUGCUACUGAUAUUGAUCACGUUCUUCCUGAUUAUUCUGGUGACCUCGUUGACCAUGCUACUGUCCGGAAUGCACGUGCCCAGCGCCUGCUACCACGCCCUGCCCGCCUCCAAGUCCAGCAUCUACGAGUACCUGACUGGACGUUACUCUUCGCCACACAACAGCCGGGUCACCUGGGACUGGACAGACCCCAGCACUGUGGGCAAGACCAUGACCUUUGGGGUCAGAUUUUUCCAGAAGAACGGCACGCCGUACCCUGUAUCGGACGGAGACGGUGUUCUGAUUGAGAUCGUCCACGAAGGGGUCAAGGUCGCACAGACCUUGGAGUUUUCCGGAGAUGAGCCGGCAGACAUGAACUUGGUCCGUUGUUCUUUCACGGUGCACAAGUCUGGAGAGUACAAAAUCUCCGUCAUGGUCGGGGGUCGGCACAUCAAAGACAGUCCUUUCAUCAAGUGUUUUGAGGCUGGUCCUAUUGACCCCUCCAAGACUGGUUUCAUGCACUACACAUCCACCGUGGUGUUCCCGGCGGGCACCAGUUACCCUCUCGUCAUGGAGACCAGGGACUCCUUUGGCAACCUCUCAGCCUACAGAGCCGACCACAAGGCCUUCUUCAAGAUCAAGGUCACAGAGGCGGGCACCGGAGAGCGCUACUCCCCCACCACCCAGAUAGUGUACAACACUCUGGAGAAGAAGCUGGUCAUGCACAUCAAGAUGGACAAAGAAGGUUGCUACCAGGCAACCGUCUCCUACGGAGAUGUCAAGCUCAAAAACGGAGAGUUUGAUAUCCUUGUCCUCAGUGUGUCAGAGUUGAGCAAGGUGCACAAAAAUGUGGCCAAACGGAAACACAACCUGUGGUACGAGGCACGGCUGUUAACGCAGAAUGGAGAGACGCUGGAUAAACCAAAGAAAGUUUACGUCUACGUGUCACCAAAGCAACUGACUAUUAAAGAAUAUUACUUCAAGAUUUAUCCCAAGAAACUGUGCACGUUCCGAGUCUGUCCCUGGACAAAGUUUGUGUUCAACGGGUCAAACAACAACUACGAUGCCCCGAGGUUUUCCAUCGAGGAUGGCAGUCAGCCCUCAGUGGAGCUGUCGGCCAGAGAGAGAAACACCAUCAUAGCUACUUUCUCCUGCUUCCUACUGAAGAGUAUAGGUGGGUCUGAAACGUUCAAUGACAAGAGGAAUUUUUUCUACCAAGAAAUCCGAGCCACACAUCACCGGCGAUCACAUUCGAGUCUGGUGGUGAAGGUUGAUCGCUCCAGUUUGUUGUACAGUUCGUAUCGAGCGACCAAACACCUCAACUUGUGCGACUGGUGCAAGCGUUUUGAGAUUGUGUUUGUCGGGGAGCAGGGCCUGGACUGGGGUGGGGUCAGCCGGGAGUGGUUCGAGGUCCUGGCCAAGGAACUGUUUGACCCCAACUGCUCGCAGCUCUUUGCAAGACUCACAGACAACCCACAGGGGCUGGUUCAUCCAAACCCCAAAAGGCCUCCAGACAAGAAGAUCAAACAUUACGAGUUUGCUGGGAAAAUUGUGGGCAAGUGUCUGUACGAGUCGUCUGUGGGCCGGACACAGCUGGUCAAAGCCAGGUUUACCAGAUCUUUCCUCGCUCAACUCAUUGGGUUACGCGUUACGUACAAACACUUCAUCACGGACGACCCCGAGUUUUUCACCACCAAAAUCUCGUACAUCGAAAACAAUGAUGUGGAGGAUAUGGAGUUGACCUUCUCAGAGGAAAUCUACAACGCUCAAGGCCAGCUUGUCAAGGUUAUUGAUCUCAUCCCCAAUGGCUCCAAAGUGCCAGUCACCAAUGCCAACAAGCUUCGCUACUUAGAUGCUUUGGCCCAGUACAGACUGGUUGCGCCAGUCAAAGAGGAAGUGGAGGGUUUUCUCCGAGGUCUCAGCUCAGAGUUGAUACCAGAGAAUCUACUCAGCAUCUUCGAUGAGAACGAAUUGGAGCUGUUGAUGUGUGGAACCGGCACCUACAGCAUAGCAGACUUCAAGCUCCAUCACAACGUGGUGGGGGCGUCGCCUUCCUUUAACAAGGUACGAGGCUGGUUCUGGACCAUCAUCGCCAGUUUCACGGAGGAGCAGAUGGCCCGGCUUCUUCAGUUCAUCACAGGCUGUUCCCAGCUGCCUCCUGGGGGAUUCUCGGAGCUCAACCCAAAGAUACAACUGUCCUCUGCUCCCACUUACAACAAUCUUCCCUCCUCUCAUACUUGUUUCAACCAACUGUGUCUGCCGGACUAUGACAGCAUGGACACAUUCCACAAGAUGCUGCUGAUUGCAAUCACUGAAGGGAACCAGGGCUUUGGCCUUGCAUAGGUCUUUCAAAUAUCUCGAUGCCUGACUUCUGAAUGCUAGGGGAUGGACAGCCAAGGGACUAUUGCUAUUGCCUAGCAUCGCUUCCCUCACUUGACUGACUGACAAAAGACAUGGCAGAAAGGCUUGGAGUCUUGAGUAUCUGUGUCGACCUACACAUAAUGUGACAUUAUAAUCAGUUCUGUGGUCAAAUUGACACAAGACACGGUUUCAGAACUGUAAGUUGGGUCUGGCUGAGCGCUGCAGUUUGACGUAAAACAUGGCAUCUGGUCUGUCCCUGAACACUGCUGAUGCCUCCUGCGAUGCAAGGGCCGCUCCCUGGAACAAUAUUAUCAGCUGUCUUACUUUUUGGUAUUUGGUUAGUGAUCUGUCUCAGCUUCGUCAUCUUUCACAGAGGUAAAUGCCAUGGCUGCCUAGGUCACCUUAUAUUAGAUGUGGCAAUAAAGGUUUUCGCCUAGGAGUAAAACAAUGUCCAGUCAACUGACCCCCAACACCUUGUUUCAUGCUCUUGUCUGGAUCAGCACCUUAAAGUUCAACUAACGGGAGAUGUUACGCAAAUCUAUGAUAGAGAAUAGCAAUGUCGACAUACUCACAGUGUGGCAUAAGAGCUAUGUUUCUAUCUUCAAACCUUUCCAUAAAUGGAUAGGGCACAAGAACUCUGGUGAGGCCUUGCCCUGUCUAUUCACUUAAUGCUUUACAGUCACUGCCAGCUGUGCAAAAUACCCCAUAGGUCACCCAGCCAGAAUAGUGACUUCAACGGACUUCUUGGGCCUGUCGCAGAACUGCGUCAAGUGACUGGAGCGAUUAAUUUUCACCAUCGCAUUAUUGCGGCCGGUGACCGCAACUAAUAUAUACGGUUAAGACAUGCCCAAGGGCGUUAGUUUGGCAAAACUCCUGUAACCAGCACAAGGUGUUGUGUUAAGGCUAUGAUCUGGUAUAAAUCUGUCAACUAGCUCAUCAUUGCUGCUGUGGAAGGUUGAUCACUUUUUCUUUAUUUGAUCUAAGAUAAUUUCUUAUGUGGGUACCACCUGAUUGCUGAUUAGCUCACAGUUAGUGCGUUCAAAUUACACAUUUACAGGAGACUGAUCUUAUCAAUAAAAACAGUGGAAACUUAUGCCUGUCCUCCCAUCUUUCAAUAGAAAAGUAUAAGUUCCUCAAAGCUCAAGCAUGUUUUGUUUUUGUUAAUUCUCAAGAUGUACAAGAGAAGUUUGGAGUUAAAAACUAACAGUCUGCUACUGGAACGAUUUCAACAAAAAACAACAACAUCAUAAACUUACAAUGUCAUCAUUUUCCAUUCGUGUGACCAGGCUGAUCACUUCAGUUUGCCAUUUGAUUUGUAGGAAACUGUUCGUAAAACACACUGUGACUAUUUUUUUCUGACCAUGUUUCUGUCUGCCGUCCAAUAGGGUCUAGGUUGUUACCCAAGAUAUUAUAAGUAUUCAGAGCACUGCCACCGAAAUGUGGACUUCAAAACAUUGUUGCUGAUUAUUAUGAUUUCCCUGUACUGUUUGAUACAUCUUCAUGCCUUUUAAUUUCUGUUGAUGGUUAGUGAGUAAACUCUAGGAAAUAGUCACAGAAUAAAGCUUUCUAUCAACUUCUAGAUUGUUCUAGUAUUUAUUAUAAGCAGAGAGCUAUUGGCUUCAUGUAAUUUUGAAAGUGUGAUAGGACGAAUUCAAAUGGCUUGUUAUGCUGGAAUGCUGUUCAAAA